AUAAAGGCAGGAGGGGGCCCGGCCCGGUGCUGCUGCAGGUUGUCCGGUAGGGUGCCUGUCGAGCUGCAAAACACGCUGUUGAUGUCAGGAGAGUGGAGGGAGAAAGAGAGAGGGGGUAAACGUGAGGAAUGGCUGCAAACUGACGGCGCUCUCCCGCAACGAAACAAAUCAAGACGCCGAAUAUCGCUAGCUCUUUUCAGCGAAUGUUAUUUUCUUAGUUCGUCUUAUUUAAUGGGACAACGAAGGCGCAAAAAAAUGCCGCUCCUGUCGCUUUGUGGACUAAUGCGAUAAAAAAAAAAAACGGGGGCUGAGAAGAGCAAUGUUUAGCGGUAAGGUAACGAGCCCGUCUUCGAAGGCGCUGUUUGCUUUUUAAGCUAGCAGUUUUUAAUUUGUGCUCGGGCACGUGAACGCAUGAAGUGUUUGUCAAUUUACGGAAAAGCGUCGCUUCGGACGGCUUCACCUCUUCAUGCCUCUCAACCGAAACGACCACAUGAGAAGAAGUCGACGUCCGGAGUAGAAUAAAACCCCACAAACAAAGGCCCCUCUUUUUUUCUUCUUCUUCCACCUGAUUCGACGACGUGGAGACAGACAGAAAAAAUGCGCGUGGAUUUGUUUUGGAUGUGUUUGUGGUGUUUUGUUCGUCCUGGUGUGUCCGGUCAAGGGCAGUCUGCGGCCGUGUGUUCGCCCUCAUGCAGCUGCGAUGAAGAUGGGGGAGCAGACUGCUCCGGGAGAGGACUAACCACCGUCCCGACUGGGCUCGGUACUUUCACCUACUACCUUGACCUGAGUAUGAACAACAUCACGGAGCUUCCAGCAUACGUAUUCAAGAAUUUUCCUUAUCUGGAGGAACUACGACUUGCAGGGAAUGACCUGACAUUCAUCCACCCUGACGCCCUGUCUGGACUGCAUCAGCUCAAAGUCCUGAUGCUGCAGAACAAUCAACUUAAAUCUGUGCCCAGUGCAGCACUGAAAAACCUUCUCUCACUGCAGUCUCUUCGCCUGGAUGCAAACCACAUUCAAACAGUUCCAGAAGACAGCUUUGAAGGCCUACAGCAACUGCGCCACCUUUGGCUGGAUGAUAACCACCUGACUGACGUCCCCGUCAGUUCUUUAAGACACCAAGAAAACCUUCAAGCCCUGACACUGGCACUUAACCGCAUCCUGUACAUACCAGACAACGCCUUUGCAAACCUCACGAGUCUAGUUGUGCUGCAUCUUCACAACAACAGAAUCAAGGAGAUCGGAGCCAACUGUUUUGCUGGACUGGUGAACCUGGAGACCCUAGAUCUUAACUUCAACAACCUGAUGGAGUUUCCCAAAGCGAUAGAGGCUUUGCCCAAACUGAAGGAGCUCGGGUUUCACAGCAAUAAUAUUGCUUCCAUUCCUGAAGGGGCUUUUCAUUACAACCCUCUGCUACGAACCAUACACUUUUAUGACAACCCCCUGUCGUUUGUGGGAGCCUCGGCUUUCCAGAACCUGUCGGACCUGCACUCCCUGAUGCUGCGUGGAGCCAGUUUGAUGGAGGAAUUCCCCAUCCUUACGUCGACUAAUAACCUCGAGAGUCUGACCCUCUCAGGAACCAAAAUAUCAUCCAUACCCACCGAUUUGUGUGAGGAUCUGAAGUUACUCCGGACGCUUGAUCUCUCCUACAACGAGAUCAAACAGUUGCCUUCCUUCCAGGGCUGCAACCUGCUGCAGGAGAUAAGCGUUCAGCACAACCGCAUUCAACAAAUCGACAGGGACACGUUCCAAGGUCUCUCUGCUCUCCGGUUGCUAGACCUGAGCAGAAAUGAAAUUCGCGUUAUCCACAAAGACGCUUUCCUCACCCUCUCAGCUCUCACUAACCUAGACCUGAGCAUGAACUCGCUGUCUGGGAUUCCAACAGCCGGGCUGAGCUCCGUCAGUCAGCUGAAACUUUCAGGGAACCCACAGAUGAAAAAUGUGCUCCCUGCAAAAAACCUCCCAAAGCUCAGGUCCAUCUCUGUCCCGUACGCCUACCAGUGCUGCGCGUUUGUUGGCUGUGAGUCACUGCCGAGGUUAUCUGAGGACACUCACAUGAAGAAAUACUCAGGUGGAGAGGAGUCGGAACCAGUCUUGAUGGUUUUGCACUGCUCUCCUUCACCAGGAGCCUUUAAGCCCUGCGAGCACCUCCUGGGUAACUGGAUGAUUCGCCUGACAGUUUGGUUCAUCUGCCUGGUGUCACUGGUUUUUAACAGCCUGGUGCUGGUGGCCACCUUCUCCUCCGUUCACCGAGCCGCAGGCCGUUCGCUCUACCUGACCCCGUCUCUGUCUCCGGCCCGGCUGCUGAUGGGCCUGCUGGCCCUGGCCAACCUGCUCACAGGCCUGUAUGUCGGGGUGCUGACGGCGCUCGACGCCGCCACGUGGGGAUCCUUCGCCGAGUUCGGGGUGUGGUGGGAGACGGGCCCGGGCUGUCGGAUCACCGGAGCCCUGGCCGUGUUUUCGUCGGAGUGGUCGGUGUUGCUGCUGUCGCUGGCAGCUGUGGAGCGGAGCAUCGCCGUGCAGAUGAUUCUGGGGAAAGCGGUGAUGUCGCCCCGGAGGAAUGGCAGCAGCCACCGCAGAUGUUUGAGAGGAAARCGACGCAUCGGUCUGGCCGCAGGCCUCCUGGGACUGCUGGCCGCCGCCGGGGCCUGCCUGCCUCUCCUCACCUACAGCAACCAGUCCUCGUCUCCCCUCUGCCUGCCGUUUGCUCGUGGUGAGAGUCCAGCCCUGAGCAUCACGGUCAUUCUGGUGCUGCUCAACGCCCUGGCCUACCUGUUCACUGCCYCCGUGUACACCCAGCUGUACUGCCGCCUCGGCCGGGUGGAGCUGGCAGAUCCGGGUCAGACCGGCGCCCUGCGUCAUGUGGCCUGGCUCAUCUUCACCAACUGCAUCUUCUUCUGCCCCGUGGCGGCGUUCUCCUUCGCCCCUCUCCUGACCGGCUCGGCGGCCGGCGGCCCGGAGAUCGCCAAGUCGGUCACUCUUAUUUUCUUCCCGCUGCCUGCGUGCCUGAACCCGGUGCUGUACGUGUUCUUCAGCCCGGCCUUCAGAGAGGACUGGCUGAGGCUGCGCAGCCGCAGAGCUCUGAGCAGAGAGACGAAAGUUGGAACUGAAAGCCCCUGCGAUGACGGCGGCGGGGGCUCGGAGCUCACAGACGAAGGCUCCUCCACCUACCUGACCCUUGACUGCGGCGCGUACUCGCAGCUCUGCGGGGAGACGGUAUGCGAGCAGUGCCAGGCGGCGCUGCGUGCCCAGACCUGCUCCUCCCCCUCAGCCUCCACAGGCUGCAGACAUUUGGUGAAGUCUCACAGCUGUCCCACCCUCCUGGAGGGAGCUGCAGCCUGCCAGCGCUCCAAGGGGUUUUGGGCAGACAGCAGCACGCCCUCCGCUCAGUCCGAGUACGCCGACGAGGGGGACUCGUUUGUGUCAGACAGUUCGGACCAGGUCCAGGCCUGUGGCAGAGCCUGCUUCUGCCAGAGCAGAGGACUUCCUCUGGUACACUACUCAUACAACAUACCUCGAGUCAAGGACUAAGGAGGCCUCCAGACCUCUUUUGUCAUGUGAAUUUAGUUUCUCCAAGAUUAACUAUAUUUUUAUAUCUAAAAAAAAUGUGCCAACUACCCUGCAAUUCAUCAAGCACUUAUAUUUUUAAUUACUGUCAACGAACGUUUAACCAGUUGUUUAAAGGGAACUUGGCUUUUAGAGCAGCUUUAGGUGUCGAUGUUACAAACUGCUCCACAGACUCUUCCAUCGGUGCUGCCUGCCUCUUUCACUCUUCAGCGCUUCACUCAUAAGCUUUUUAAAUGGAUCCCUCCUCCCAGCAAAUUUUAAGCCUUCACAACUGAUUUUAUGUUUUGAUUUUMAUUUUUUAAUGUAUGUAAAUGUAGCAGAUGUAAAAUUCACUCUAGAUUAUUUUGUGAGAAUGUAAAAUUCAGGUGAUUUUCACCAAACUAACCUAACGGCAACUUUAAUCCUAACUGCUGCAGAAAUGUUAGGUUUAGCUCUAUAUAAACGUGUCUUUGCUUUAAGUUUCUAAGACUCAGAAUGUGAUAAAAGUAGCAGACAUCACUGUUUCAGCAACAGCCGCCGAUGGUCGUUUCGGCGCGUUAUUUAUUGUUCAGGUGGAGACGAUUUCAGGUGUAUAAAAGGUGGCCUCUGAAUGAUCAGUACACACAAAGCAUUAGAAUCUAAAUCUGUUAAUUUAUUUGUAAAGCGUACAGGAUUAGGUCAUCUUUAGAUGUUAAGGUAGUCUUAUAUUCUUAGUUUUUCCAUCAUGUUUGAUUCAGAUCAAAAUGUUUCGAAACUGUAAUUUAACAAAUCCAGCUAAAAGUCUCACAAAUUAUUUGGAAGCGCAAAUAAAGGUACUCAAAAGUGUAAAAACAAACCAACAUUUUUUAAAAAACGCUUUCAGAUAAGAAAGAUUAAUAACUUCAUUUAUAAAGAUGCUAAAAAGCUGCAAAUUAUAUAUUUAUUUAAAUGAAUGACACAAAUGGAAACCACAAUUGGUAAGUGGGCAGUGUUCAAACAUGUUUUCUUAUUUUUGCUUAUAAGAAAGUUUUAUCUCCAGUUUUUAAAACUUAUAAUCCUGAAUAAAUCAGCAUCUAGUUUACACAUGACACAUUUAAUGUAGGUUUUCCUUUGUGUAAUUUAAUUAUUGUUUUAGUAACUCUAAAUGUAAACAUGAUGGUAAAAUAAAUGGAGAAAAUAAGACUCAACAAUUACAUAAGGUUCAACUUUCUAAUUAUUCACUGCAUUUUUUAAAUUUUGUUAAAUUUUUAUGUUUAUUUUCAAUUUGGUUUUAGUUUCGUUAUAAGUUUUGUCAUUGGAAACUCAUUUUUCUCCUGUAAGAUGAGUAACCGUGGCCGUGGAGAGCGGACCUGAGUCAGACUGGGUGUGACAAAAGCCCGACGGAUGUUUGGUGUGCUGAAGCAUGACUGCACACAUUAAGGUGGUCACACCCUCCGGAGCAUGUGCGUGCACGUCAUCCGAGCGCUCAGGAAUUCAGACAAUGCGGGGGAGACGUUUCUGAGACUUAAAAUUUCGACCUGCUUUGUUUUCACCGCGGCGUCGCGUCCACGAUUGUUUUUAAAAUCAACCAAAAAAAAAAAGUUUUGAUUCAGACGCCUGAUGCUCCAGCUGCUGAAAACUGUACAAAACUUUGUUUUUUUUCUUUUCUUGUUUGUAAAUUAUUUGAAAAGAAAACAGACUUAAGAAUGGGAUGCUAACCAAGGAAGCUACCUCCAUGACUGUAGUGGCUGCCAGCAGUGCUUUGUUUAAAAAGAAAAAAUAAUUAAAAAAAAUUUCUGUCAGGCUUUAUGUUGAAUUAUUUGGCUGUAAAUCAUUUUAGUUAUGCGCAAAAUGUGGGAGGAAAAUAUGUACUGUAUACUGUGAUUUUUAUUUUUAACCAAACCCUAAACUAUGAAUCUUCUUUUUUUUUUUCUUUUUUAAAUUCAAAAGCUGCAGAUUAUAUAAAAGAUUUCAGAUAAUUUCAGUUUAAGUAGAAUUUUAUGUAUAGUUGUUUGUGUCAAAUAUCCCCAUUCUUUUCUCUGCUCAAGUAGAAAAUCAGUUCCUUAAAUUGUGAAUGAAUAAAGAUUGAAUGGACGUA